AUGAAGCUCACGUCCGUUACUGCGGCUCUCACAGGUGCGGCCGCCGUCCUGGCUGUGCCCUCGCCAGUCAAGCCCGACCAUGCGAAGGUGGCUAAAAUCCCGACGUCCUAUGAGUCGGCCGUCAUGGGUCGUCGGGUUCUCGCGCUAUCGAAGCUCGCGACCUUCUCAACUGUCUUCCCUAACGCUCCGUCUGCUGAUGACGAUAACGCCUUCGCCAAAAGCCCGAGCGGCCUUGAAGGUCUGCCUAUUGGCUUGAUGGACUACGUUGCCGACUGCGAGGAUGAAGGAAACCCUACCAUCUUGGCCAUUACCAUCGGCACCAGCUUCAGGAACGCUGCCGCUGGAUCCAACCUCACCUUGUCAAUGAGAUGGGCUCCACCAUACCCACCUCUUAAGAGAAUGAGCCUCAUGUCUCGGGUCAAGUCCUACUUCUUCUCUUCUCCCAGUGACGGCCUCACGACCCCCGAUACCGUGCCGUACUCUGCCGCCAACCUCCCUCGCUUCUCUCUCGUCGGCUAUCUGGAGUACUUCGAGCCGGACCCUAUUGAGUCAGUUCGGCUCGCGGCAUGCUACACAAGCAAGCACCACGAUGCCAAGUGGUGGCUUCCGGGCAAUGUGAUCCACGAGAGCAAAUGGGCGAGAUUGGUGGUGACGCACAUUUACUGGAUCGGAGGAUUUGGAGACCGAGCCUACAUCGGAUGGAUCCCUCUUGAGGAGUGGAAGAAGGUGACCAAGGAGGAAUGGUCAUCGAUCGAACUGCCAGGCGAGAAGAAAGGCUGGGGAGAGUGGAGCGUGGACAACAUCAUGGAGCUUUGA